ACGCGGAAAAUGAAAACAGAUGAAGAAAGUGAAAUUGACAAGCGUGUGGCAUCGGUCACGAUUGAAUCAGAUAGCCAAUCGGAGGGGAAGGCGAUCUGGCAUCCUGAGCGUGCGUUGCGUCGGAAAAGAAUUAUGAAGCAGGACGGUUGUACUAAGAUGGACAUCGACCUGGCUUUUUCGCAGAAUUCCGAUACAAACCGAGGGAUGGACUGGGAUGGCAAUUGCUCGGAAAGUGAGCUCUCUUCAUGUGGCACUUAUUCAUCGGAUGGAUUCGAUGGGGAUGAUGAGCUGUCGGACUGGUUUGAAGCCAAGAAUAUCGAGGGCGCAGUGAAUCCUUCCCCUUCACAGGCAUUACCGAAACAGCAGCGCUUCAUAAAGUAA